AUGGAGCGACUCACGAAUGAAUUUAACAAUCUUCUAGAAAUACCUGAGCCUUGCAUCACUGUAAAUUUAGUAGAUCAAUCACUAUUUCACUGGAGAGGAACUCUAAACGGUCCUGAUGAGAGCCCCUAUGAAGGUGGUAUGUUCAAGUUCGAAAUAACUUUCCCUUCAAAUUUCCCUGCGAGCCCUCCGACCUUCUAUUUCAAAACGAAAAUUUUCCACCCGAACGUACAUCCUUCUGAUGGCCGUAUUUGCUGCGAAAUCUUUAAUUCUGGAUGGAAGCCAAAAGUCACUGUAAGAACUGUAAUCUCUUAUGUGAUAGCACUAUUGUAUAACCCUAGUCCAAACGGGUUCUCAACUGAAAUUAAUACAUUGUGCGCUCAAAACAUGGACUUAUAUAACCAAAGGGCAAGAGAGUGGACUCAGCAGUAUGCUAUGGGAUAA